CCUCUCCAUGGGAAACCAGGACGGAGGCGUAGUUCUUUGUAGCACAAACCCACCCAUGGAAAUGGAAUCAUACGAAUCAUCAUCAUCUAAAGGCUGCGACGAGUGUAAAACAAACGAUUUCAAGUACAAAUGCCCAGGUUGCUCCAUCCGCUCUUGCAGUCUCCCUUGUGUCAAAGCUCACAAGCAACGCACUGGAUGCACAGGCAAACGUCAACAACAGACAGAGUUCGUUCCUCUUUCAAAAUUUGAUGAUAAUCUCCUUCUCUCUGAUUACAGUAUGCUGGAAGAUGUGAAGAGAAUAGCUGAUUCCGCCAAGAGAAUGAGAAUGCAAAUCUGUGGGAAAUACUACAGUGGGCUUUCAUUCCCUCUUAAACACUUGCUGAAAGCUGCCAAGAAUAGGAGGAUUAGACUUUUCUUCUUGCCAACUGGAAUGUCAAAGAGGGAAACCAACAAGACAUACUUCAACAACAUGAAGAAAUCUAUCUUUUGGACGAUAGAAUUGCACUUUCAUUCAACCAAUGUUAAGUUAAUUGACCAUGAUGUGCAUGAAGAUUCAAAUCUUUACUCGGUGAUUGAAAACCAUCUAAAACCUGGUCCAAUAAAUCAUCCAUUAAAGCUGUUUUGUGUUGAGCCUCUUGAAUCUCUAAGAAUUUUCAUUAGUAAACACCCAAAGCAACCAAGAUCACCAUUUCGUGAGUUGGACAAAAACGCCCCCAUACGUGAGCAGUUAGCCAAUUUAGUGAUUGUAGAGUACCCUGUGAUUCACGUUUUACUUCCUUCACAUAUCCCUGAUUUUAAAGUUGUUAAAGACAUUGUCCCACGAAGAGUGCAACCUAAGUUGGACCCGGUCAACGAAAGUCAACCGGGCCCGAAAGGCGUGUUCUUUAAGGAAGAAGAAAUCAAAGAUGAAGAUUCUUCAGAUUCUCAUGUCGUUGAUCUCAUGAAUCAAUCAAAUAGCAAAUCAGAGACUCUUGUUGUUGAUGAUGCUAAGAAUGAUGAUAAAGAUAAAGAUAACAAAGUUGGAGCUGUUGACUUGAUGAGUUUUGACUUUGACCCGGAAUUGAUGGAUGUUUAUUCUCAUUUAAUCUCUGAAACAAAAUCCUGAUGAUUUUCUUGAUUUGGAUGGUUUGUUGUAUAAUGAAAUGCAACUUCAAGAUAAAGAUAAAGAGGGAAAGUUUGGAGGUGUGAAACAAGAAUUGGAGGAAGGAGAGAUACCAGAUUCAGACUAACUUUAUAAUCUUGAAAAUUACACAAAUUAUAUGUUAAAAUUUUGGAUAUAUGAAUAUGAGAGGUUUUUGAAAGAUUAAAAAAAAUUGCAUGGUUGAUGUCUAUUCAAAUUCCCAGUCCUUUAUGUAUGUGUAUGCUGUGUGAUGUGUGUGUAUAUGUAACAAGGGGCAAUUUGGUCAAAAAAAUUGUAG